AGUGUGGUGAUGUUGGAAGAGCGUUCUACAUAGAUCAUCCGCUCAUUCUAGCGUGCAAUUGGCAGGACAGCGGCUUCGUGGUAGAACUGUUCCAUGGUGAACGCCUUCGAGGAAGUGAACUCACGAUGCUAUGAUGAUCAGGGAAACCGUGCUGUGUACAAGUUGACGUCUCUUGUUUUCUGAGCCCGGAUAGAGCGCCGGACAGAGACUCCGCUGAGCCGAAUAACUCUCGUGUCAUCAGAAUGGAAUCUUCGCCGUUCCACAAACAGCACCAGGAGACGGCUCAUCCUCUGUACGAAAACCUCGAGUCAGCACUGGCCAACCUGUCGAUCGAGAGCGAAUACGAUGUGGCAGAGUAUGGGGUUCUCGGACCGCCUGUGCCUCCUCGGAGAAAUCAAAUUCGAGCAUCUACUCCGAACGGAAGUCUCAGCUCUGGAUCUCUCCGCGAGAGUGGUUCCUCGGGGGGAGGGGGCAUACCCGACAUUCCAGUCCUGGCAACCCCGGUGAAUGAUCCAUCAAGCUCCAUUGUGAUGUCUCUGUCAUCGAUGAUUUGUCAUCGGUGCAAUGAAGGCUUCGAGCCGCACGAAAAAAUUGUCAAGUCGCAUGGCGAAACCUGGCAUCAGCAAUGUUUCGUCUGUGCGCAAUGUUUCAAACCUUUCCCCGAUGGAAUAUUCUACGAGUUCGAAGGCCGGAAAUACUGUGAGCACGACUUCCACGUGUUGUACGCGCCGUCGUGCGGCAAAUGUAAUGAAUUCAUCAUCGGGAGAGUAAUUAAAGCCAUGAAUAAGAGCUGGCAUCCUCAUUGCUUCUGCUGUGAAAUCUGCAACCAGUGCCUAUCGGAUAGUGGUUUCAUCAAAAACGCCAAUCGGGCUCUGUGUCACGACUGCAAUGCCCGCGAGAAAGCGGCCGCCAUCGGCAAGCACAUCUGCUACAAGUGCCACGGUAUCAUCGACGACAAGCCGUUGAAAUGGCGGAAUGAGCCGUUCCACGCUUAUCAUUUCAACUGUACCACAUGUAGCGCCGAGUUGACGUCGGAUGCACGUGAGCUGAAAGGCGAUCUAUACUGUCUGCGUUGCCACGAUAAAAUGGGAAUCCCUAUCUGUGGCGCCUGCCGGAGACCUAUCGAAGAGCGAGUCGUUACUGCUCUGGGGAAGCAUUUCCACGUUGAGCAUUUCGUCUGCGCCAAAUGCGAGAAACCCUUCAUGGGCCACAAGCAUUUCGAGAAGAAAGGUCUCGCCUACUGUGAAACACACUAUCAUCAGCUGUUCGGAAACUUAUGUUAUACGUGCAACAAGGUCAUCGAGGGAGAUGUAUUCACUGCUCUGGAGAAAGCCUGGUGCGUCAAUCAUUUCGCGUGCUCCAUUUGUAACGACAAAAUGAAUCAAAAAACGAAGUUCUACGAACUCGAUUUGAAACCGGUAUGCAAGCGGUGCUACGAGAAGCUGCCUUCGGAGCUACGGAAACGGAUACAGAAACUGCACAAGAUCCCACCUAAAAAGCAACAAAUGACAUAAACAUGUUUGAAUGGCUUGUUGAAAUCAAGAUAUUCCCCCUUCGUAAUCGUUGCCGUUAUUAAUGCGAGAAUGCAGCCUCGACGACAAAACUUUCACCUCGAUUCGUAAUGAGACGAGCGGACAUCACCAAUCGUUGUGAGACUCAGUCCUUUAACAUAACUUUGCAUAUAGUAUUCGGAGCGUAAUCAGUCGAAACCGGCCGGGCGGCCCAGUUUCAAAACUCAUCGUUUACAUCAUCUGUGACUGAUUCGACUGGUCAGCGAAACCCGGAAGAUUCGCGCGGGUUCGGAGCAAAAACAUACCUAGCUUCGACUGCGAAGCGAACUCCUACCUGUACUCGCAUGUGCAAAUAAAACCCGGAAUUUUAACA